AGGCUUUUGAAAUUUGAAGAGGUUAAUGGUACCAGUAACUGCUUUCUAAGUAUAUAAGUUAACCUUCAACUCAUCAAGAUGUAAAUCUUACAUAUUAUCACUUUGACUUGUGUGUAGUAUGAUCAAUCGCAUACUGGACUUUAUCAUAAACACUCCCAGAUGUCUCAUACGCAUGAAAAACAUAAAAACAAAGCAUUUCAUGAGUUCUUCCAAAUAUAAACAUUAAUAGACUUUCCUUUUUUACAAUAGUCAAAUAUCGAAUAAUGGUAACAUUUAGCUUCAAGCAAAAUCUGAACUAAAAAACUAGGAUAUUACCUAAAAUUAAACAUCGCGGCUUACCUUGAUAAAUGAAAUGGCCUUUAUUCGUUUAUGUCCAGCCCCCAGACUUGUCUUUUAAACGAAUCCUGGUUGUUACUUGAUGAAAUAUGGUACUUGGAACUGUUAGAUAUGGCCAUUUCAGCUGCUGAAAGUCUUUAAUGUUUAGUGGUCACGCUUGCUGGUAUCCAGAGGACUUUAGAAGAAGUUUAAAUGUUUUCAGUAAACUUGGAUAAAUGUAUUUAGUGUCAAGACUUGUGGCGUACAUUUGCUAAAUCUCACAAAACAAGAAUUCUUGCAAACCUGAUAGAUGUAAUGAAUGGAAUGAAGCUCACCAGACUGAUCUAAGAAAUGUGGCUGAUGUUUAUGAUUCAUAGUACACAACACAGAAGUAUGACAUAUCAAUGCAACUUCAAGAAAAAUCGAAUUAGUGGUUAUGUACAAGGGGUAUGUUCAAUGGAAUUCUGACAAAACUUUUGUAUUCAACUCAUUUACACGUAUGCAAAAUAAAAAUCACUGGAUCAUGACACAAAGGAGAAUAUCAACAAAACAUCAGUACAAAGUGUGAAUAACCAGCAUGCUAUGGGAUCGUCCAGGUCCCCACUGGACCCUGGUUUUGCCGAAAGUGUGAAUCGCAAGAGAGAGCGGCUAGAGUGAGGUGUGAACUCUGUCCUCACAAGGAUGGGGCCCUUAAGAGGACAGACAAUGGAGGCUGGGCCCAUGUGGUUUGUGCUCUUUACAUCCCAGAAGUACAGUUUGCUAAUGUCUUGACCAUGGAGCCCAUCGUCCUGCAGUAUGUCCCUCAUGAGCGAUACAACAAGACGUGCUACAUCUGCGACGACCACGGGCGGGAGAGCAAGGCAGCCAGCGGCGCCUGCAUGACCUGCAACCGUCAGGGCUGCCGGCAGGCCUUCCACGUCACCUGUGCUCAGAUGGCUGGGCUUCUGUGUGAGGAGGAAGGUCCAGAAGCCGACAAUGUGAAGUACUGUGGAUACUGCAAAUACCACUUCAGUAAAAUGAAAAAGAUGCGACCUGCAGCUGGUAAUUCAAGCAGUUCAUUCUGCCACACUAGAAGAAGCUCCAUAUCCACCAUCCCGGAGAAGCAUGGUUCCCACCAUCAUCGGCAAAAAAGGAGCCACAAGGAGAAACUGAGACAGAAGGAGCGUCACAAGAGGCCGCCUCCAAGCAGCUUGAACUCCUCCUUGUCUAGCUCUACAGGCAAGUUGUCCUCUAGCCAUCAUGGUAAUAAGGAGACGGUGGGGAAAACCAAGAGAUUGGGGAACCACAGUCUGCACCGGAGCAAAAAGGGAACAGGGAGUGGACCCAAGAGCUGUUCGUCUUCAUGUUCUUCCAGCCCAUUUAACACAGGUGGUGGUUCUCUUUCUUCAACUCAAGAUUUUCUACAAUACUCUUCUUCAUCCCGUCUGGAAUGGGAACGAGAGCAAGGAGAAGAGCAAGCGACUGAAGAGACCAAUGAGGGAAAUGGAGGGCCAUGGGAAGUGGAGGAGGAGGAGGAGGAAGAAGAAGAGGAAGAUGUAGAGGAGGAAAAAUAUGCUAAGCCGUCUUUAUUGCCCCCAGUUCUUACCAUGAGUGAUGGUCCUCAUAACUCACCAAGUUACAACCGGGUGGAGAGUAAAGGUAGCUCUUUUGAGCCCAAAGUCACAAUUUCUACGUUUGGCUCCAUCAUGCGUAUUACUUCCACAGGGGGGCUUAGUGGGGGUGCCAAGGUGCGUAAGGUGUCCCCUGGGGAGUACAGGCCAAGCAAACCGAACAGCAAGGUGCACCAGACCCCUUCUGCAAUCAUAGAGGAACCAGAUAUUCUCGAGGAACAGACAAUGCCCCCAGUCAGUGAGAGGCGUCAUGGCAUGAACAAGAAGAGCCGGCAUGGGCCUGGGAGGCCGAAGGGCAGCAGGAAUCGAGAAGGACGUGAAGGGAAGGAGCACCACAUCAGCCAGUCUCUGCCUGGAACUGCAUACCCAGUGCCGCCUGCCCUUCCCUGCACCAGCUAUCCAGCUUCCAUACCAGUCUCCACCCAGAACUCCUUCUCCAUAGGCAGCAGCAGCUCUCUGCUCAGUUCUGGUGUCUACUCAAGUAACAAGGACCCUGUCUCUUUGGGUGGGGGUAUGUGUAGUACCACAAUAGCCUCAGGACUGCUGUCUUCCCAUACCUCUACGCUCCCCUAUACAUCUUCCUCUGUGACCAACACACAGGUGUACACACUCCCUAGUUCUUCCUACAGUCUGAGCUCGACCCGGGUGUGCGGCAGCGCUCUAUCGACUGCCUCUCCAUUGUCGCCUCUCUUGAGCCAGACCCAGAGCUCGCUGCCAGAGCCACAUCUGGAAGAUCACUUUGUUUGUCGGGGCAGCUCUCCACAAGAAAGCCUUUCCUCACAGUCACCUAUGAGCAGCCUGCCUCUUCUGUUUGACCAGAGGGAGGGGGUGGACCGAGGGGCCAGAGGCCGGCCGGAAAAUGUGCCCCUCGCUAGCUCCCACAUCGAACUCCUCCUGGAGAAACACGGCAAUGGAGAGAUGGGAGUGAACAUUGUAGAAAUGCUCAAGUCAUUGCACUCCCUGCAGCAAGAGAACCAGCGACUUCAGGAUCAGAUUCUCAGUCUGACUGCAAAGAAGGAGCGACUCCAGCUUCUGAAUGUGGAGCUGGCCGUACCCUUCCCUCCUCAGGCACAUCCUGCCACCUCUUCUGUCUUGACCACCAACCAGAUCAAUUUCCUGUCCUCCCCUCAUGAUGCUCUCAAUUCCAAGAAGAGCCCCCCUUCAAAGACCUGCAUUAUGAAUGAGAACACGCUCACAAAUUCUGAGGAGCUCCCCUCUGGCUGUCCAUCAAGAAGUAGCUCCUCCCUUUCAUUUCAGAGCACUCCGCCCCCUCAGCAGAGCCCUGCCUCCCUUAGUCAGCAGUUUGUAAAUGGGCUGGGGAGGGCACUUACUGGAGGGCUGGGAAGCAUGAAUCAAGCUGGUAAUACCACCCUUCCGAUGGUCGGUGGGUUAAUGUCUAGUCUGACUGGAAGUCCACAGCUGUCCAUGAAUGGUGUGCUGGGUAGCCUAAAUGGGGUGAUUCAGUCUCCCAACCAAAAUGCUACCCAGCAGCCUCAGCUCUCCGUACCCACUCAACAACCAUCUCAUCAACAGACACUGUCUCAGGGUUUGCAGAUCCCUAACAGCCUGACUUCGUCUUCCCUACUCUCAGAACAGCAGAAGCAGUUCCUUCUCCAGCAGCAGCACCAGCUUCAGCAGCUGCUUCAUUCCCAGCACUUCACUCCCGAGCAACAGGUUGUUGUUUACCAGAUGAUUCAGCAGCAGAGACGAGAACUUCAGCAUUUUACACUGGCCAGCUCCUUCACCUCCUCGCCUGCCAACCCUAUGGUCAACCAGUUGGCAACAACUCCCUCACUGCAGGGAAGCCAAGGAAAUCCUUUCUUCAAUCUGCAAGACAACACACAGCACAAACCUGGGUCAGGGGGAGAUAAGGGUGGGGAGAAGAACUGACAACAAUUGGAGCAGAAGAGCAACUGCAGCCAGGAGGGGUGGGGGGGGGUCACUGUGACGUACAGUUAGCAGCGGGUGCUGAAUAUACUGAAUGUACAGCACCAGUUUUAAUUUGGCAGUAUACAGAUUAACUUAUCUGGUUUUGUGGAUGGGGUGCACUAAGCAAGAAUUGGCAUUGAUCAGUACUAGAUAUCUUUGCCUUGGUUACUAUUUUUUUUAACAAUUUAAGCAUAAUAUCUCAAUUAUUGUUAGUAACGAACCCAUCCACAUUACAUAAAUAUUAGAGAACAUGCACAGCAUGUACUCGCGCCUUCAAUCAAACUUAAUCAAGAGCACUGCUUUUGAAUCUUUCUUUUGGUAUUUAUCUCGCUCAUACAGACACAAACUCAUUGAGAUAUACUUCACUUUUUCAUGCCUUCCUUUUUUUAUGGAUUCUUACAGCACCACAGACUAAAUGAAUAAUAUGAUAUGUAGUUGGAAAAUAUUACUUCAAGGUUCAGUUCCUUCUUUCCAGGCUUAAAAGUAUAUUUAUGAGGACCCCUGUGAACUAGUGACUAAUUAGACAUUCUUAAUUAAGUUUGACUCAUGACAGUAAUAUGUGUAGUUUGUCAGUUUAAGGCUCAAUUAAAUGAAAUUUUAAAAUACAUCCAAGACCAGAUAAAAUAAGAAUGAUUCCAGUAUUGAGCGUACAAAACCAACGGGCCUCUUUCCAGUGAAGCGUCUUAAAGCUAAUUAAUAAAAAUCCCCUCUGAACCAAGCAAAAAUAAUCAUUUGAAGAAUUUCUUUUUAUUGCAAGCUUUUAUAGUUUAGAUGAAAGUGGCAUAUAUUAUUAUAAGAAUAAAUAUAAUAAAGUAUUUAGUAGAAAUUGUCAAAUAUAAACACAGGGGGUUUACCUAUACUCUAAAAAUAUAGGGUUAAAAAUAAGACAGGGUUCAAGUCUCUGCCUGGGUUACAUGUGUGUGGAGUUUGCAUGUUCUCCCCAUGUCGUCGUGGGGUUUCCUCCGGGUACUCCGGUUUCCCCCCACAGUCCAAAGACAUGCUGAGGCUAAUUGGAAUGGCUAAAUUGCCCGUAGGAAUGCGUGUGUGAGUGACUGGUGUGUGAGUGUGCCCUGCGAUGGGCUGGCCCCCCAUCCUGGGUUGUUCCCUGCCUCGUGCCCAUAGCUUCUGAGACCCAGAAGGAUAAGUGGGUAGGAAAAUGGAUGGAUGGAUUUAUAUCUGUUUAGUUGUUGGGUUUUUUAACCCAGAGAAUGUUUGCAUUCUGUCAGUUUGUGUGUUUGGUGUCCUGACUGUUGAAGUAACAAUUGUGGCUUGUACCUCUUUCACAGUUCUUAAGUUGUAUAGUAUAUUUCAGUUUCUCAAACUGUUUUUUAUGAAGUGAAACUGUCACCCCCUGAAGCAUUACCAUGCGGUGUACAUAGAGGUACAGUUAAGUUAUUUUAUGAAGUAUAUGAUUAUGAUGUUUAAUACAGAAUAUUUUUCAUUACAGAAAAAACUGAAACCAAAUGACAAUGAAUCGUAUACAAGUGUAUUGUAAUUAGAGUAACAUACUGUAUUAUUACUGAGAAGUCAGGCAUAGGUAAUGGACUGAUUCUACAAACUGCACCUAUGAACUGAUAUGAAAAUGAUGUUCUGAUUUAAAAAGUAUUGCUUCACAAAAAGGAAAUACAUGGUGCACGUUGUCAUACAGUUUUUAAGAAAAAAAUAAAUCAUUUUCCUUUUGAGUAAUGAAUCAAGGGACAAAAAGGGACAAAAUCUAACCAGCAGUUACUAUUAGACCAUACUAAAUACAUUUUUAUGGGUUAUGUUUCUUUGGCUUUACCAUUAUUAAUGAUUUUAGAGAAAUAAAGAUGAGAUAAAGAUAAGAAAAAUGCAGAUAUUUCUGUAAUUUCUGUAAAAACGAGUGGCUGAUUGCUUUAUGACAUCCAGACAUAAUGCUUGAUGGGAGACCACAUACUGUAUCAUACCAUAUCCAUCAAACAUUUUGCAUUUAGCAGUAAAAUUGUAGGGAUAUUGUUCCACUGCUACUUAUUUAAUUAUUUAAUUUUAUUUAGUUUCUUUAAAUCAAACAUCAGCCAGGCUUCCUUGUUUGCGUUGUUAUAGGUCACGCCAUAAACACAGAUUUCUAUAACUAAAGUGCUCCUGUAGGUUUUUAACAAAUUAGUUAAACCAUUUCAGCAUCUAAAAAAAUGAAUUUUAAAGUUACCCUGUAGUCAUUUAUUCGUGAUUUAUUCACUGAGAUUAAAGUUAGGCAUGAGUUACAAAAACACUUUUUUUUUUUUUUACAAGACAUCAUUUAUGAAGAUGUAUUAUAUAUAAUGGCCAGAACAAAUCAGAUGUAAAAAAAUAUAUAUUGUAAAGUUUGAACUGUACUUGUAUUUGCAGAAAUGUAAUGAUUUUGACAUCCAUGCUUAUGAGCUCCAUAACCAUCAUCUCUUUGCUGUGUUUGACCGUAUAUAAGCCUAGAGAAGUAAAUCAAGCAUCUGGGGUGAGGUUCCAGAAAUUAUAUUAGCACUGAAAAUUUCUAAAAAAAAAAAAACAUUUUAUUUUAUAGUAUACUAAUACUAAUCAUUGCCUUGAGAUAAAAGAGAAAAAAAGUGUUUUACUCUCCGUGCUGGUAGGUGACUCAGUGGUUUAUAAAUGUAGUGUAAAUUUUGUAAUGAUCUCACAAUUUCUUUUUUAAUGCUACUUUUUGGUAACUUGUUGCCAUCCUGAGUUGAACACAUCAAACUGCUAAUAUACAUCUACGGCUUUACUCUGCUCAUUAAAAUCCUAUGUCAUCACAAUAUCCUUUGUUAAUAUUUAAUCAACAUGCACAGAAUUGUUAGUAAAGCAACAGGCUCUUCUACAGCUAUGGACUCCAAAAGUAAUAAUAAUAUUAAUAAUUAUAAAAAUAAUCUAAAUAAUAAGCUAAAUAACUUUAGUUUCUGCAGAAUCGUACAUUAUGUGCUAAAGCAGUCUGCAUAAGCUUUGGAAAGGCAGGACUAACAUACUAGACGCAAGUAUGUGUUCAUGGGGUUAACUUGCAUGUGUGUAGCAUGGUCUCCUUAUGUUCAUAAUUCUACUAAAAAUGGGAUCUGUACCACAGGUGUUGCAUGAGAAAGUACAUCAUAUGCUUCCCAUUUUGUAAAAAAACUUGUGCAGUUUCAAGUGCAUUUAAUAGUAUUGUAACUUUUGUUCAAUUGUUAUUACAGUUCAAUACAAUGGUCAGCAUCAAAUUUGGAUCAGUCCUGGCCCACGUGGUGCCAUAGAUUAACGUAUCUAGCCAAUUUCACUUUGGCUCACUGCAGAAGUCACAAAUACUUUUAGGGCAGUGUCUCCCUAUCCAGUCCUCAGGGACCCACAGCUGGUUCACGUUUUGACUCCAUCUGAGCUCCCUACCAGACAGUCCAUAUUUUUGCUACGGGGAGCUCAGAGGGAGCAAAAACGUGGACUGCCUAUGGGUCCCUGAGGACUGGAUUGGGAAACACUGUUUUAGGGGCAUGCUACGUCAUGUAACCUUUGUGUGCCCGCACUUCGUAAGGUACCAAUGCUUCUAGGGGUGCCCUACAUUGCGUGGCUGUUCAGUUCCGGCAAUUUGGAGGUCACAAAUACUUAUGGGGCACUUUACGUCACAUAGGUCUUUUGUACUGGUAUUGCAAAAGGCUCCAGUACUUCUCGGGGUGCCGUGCAUUGCAUUUUCUGCCAGAACGUCAGGGAGUGUGAGUAAGCCAAGUUUGCACUGUCUUUGUGAAAUGAGCCGGCUAAGUCAGCACCCUCUUAGAAAUUAGGACCCUAGACAGUUGCCUAUAUCAACUAUAGGACUGACCGGCCUUACAGUGAAUAAAUUACAUUUAAUUCACCCCAGCUUUAAAAAAAAUAUUUUAAGCAAAUAUUAAUUUUCAUAUGAUUUUACAAGAUUCCGGCAGCUUAAAAUACAGAUACACAGAAUUACAAGCAGUCUUAGUCUUAGACCUCACAAUUUUACAAUGAUUAGUAAUUAUUAGUAAACCUCCAUUUUAUGACGUAAAAUACCAUACAAUACAUCAUGUUGCCAUGUACUUAUAGAAAGAUUAUAUUAAUAAUAGUUAUAUAAUAAAGCUACUAAGGAGAUGAACAAUAAGUUCAAUAAUUAUGAAUUUAAAUAGAGAUAACAAUAAUAAUUAACUAGUUUAUCUACAAAGUUUGCAAAAAUACGUAAAAUCAGACGGUUACACAUUAUAAAUUAAUUAAAUUAAUACAGGUGUUUUUGUCUUAGGUAAUUAUACCAAAUUCUACGGAGGAUGACUGACCAAGGUAGGUAGCUAUAAUAGGAAAAUUAGUCCUUGAUUUGUUUUAGAAGACUGAUAUUUAUUUGGCUUUGGGGUGUAUGUUGCCUCUUCUGGCCGUCCUACAAAAAAGUCUAAAUAUUUCGGUACUGAGGAGGCCCGUUAAUGCAGUGCUGCUGCUCUAUUUGUGCAUUGUGUACAUCCAAUGUUAAUAAAACCAUACAUUCCCUCAAAGUGUAUGUUAGUCUAGGUGAAAAUUUAAAGGCACUUUAAGGUCGUCUCUCUGCCGUUAGUUUCCAAGUUUUUAAAACAUUUUUAUUUAUUUUUAUUUCAUAUUAACUUUUUGUUUUUUUUCUGCUGAAUUCAAAUUUGGAACUGUUUCUAGGAACUAGCUUUUCUAUUUGGAUAUAGCUGACAAAUUCAAUUUCAAGCAUCAGACUUUAUUUGUAAUCAUUACACAAGUUUUAAUAUGUUGAUAUUGACUGAUAUUUUUGUGAGAUUUCUAAGGCAAAGAUAUAGGCUGUUUUUAGUUGUAUUUAUUUUAUUUCUUAUAAAAACUCUUAAACAUAGCCUGUACGAUUUCAUUUAAAUGAUAGUUUGUAUCAGUAUGACAGCAAUAUUUAAUACUUGAAGCAUAAAACUUACCAAAAUGUACCAAAGUACUUUUCCUGCCAGCGCGCAAAGUUAUCUGAAUAACAAGAUAUUACUUUGAUAUUCUAUUCACAAACUCAAACAAGCAAUGUAAGCAAUUACAUGUUUAUUUUGAAUUACUACUUUGUUGUUUUUUGUUGACAAUGUGAAUUGUAAAUGAUUCAUUCUGAAUGACCUCGGUAUCUCUAAAUAUAUGUGAAUUGAACACAUUUUUAGUUGUUUUUAUGUGAUAUUAUGAACAAUGAAAAAAACCAUAACUUCACAGCUAAUUUAAGGUAUUUUGAUAGAGAUUAAUUGUUGGACGUUGAAAUGGAUUAAUUUAAUAGUUGAUUUUUAAAAAAGACAACAAACCAGGACACAAAUUAGUAAUAAUUCAAAUACAGCAACGCAAUUAGAGCUAAACUAAAUUGUAUGAGUAAACGGACACCAAAAACAUUAGAGACCAAAAGUGUGAAGUUUGACACUAAUCGAAAUGAAGUGUCAUAAAUUAAAAAAUAGAUUCACCUAUUUGUUAGACGACAGCUCACAAAUAUUCUAUCUAAAGUAACCAGAUUUAAUAUACAAUUUUCUUCAUUUGGCUAAUGCUUUACUUUUUGUAUUUUUCAUAUAUGACUUAAAUGGUCACCAAAAUGAGGUUAAUGUUUUUGUUUUUUUUUUUACAACAAAAACAUCCAAAUAACUUGUUCUAAUUGUUAGAUCAUUAUAGGGCAUUGGAAAUAGAAUUAAAAUGAUCACAUAGUAUUUAGCACAGUUUUUCAUUUCAUAUUUUGCUAAAUAAAUUUUGAUAUGUACAGAAACACCUAAAAACUCAUAGCAUUACAUUUCAUGCUCUGUCUUGUACUUAGUUAAUGCCUUUAUGAAAUAUGUAUGUGGUAGGUAAUAAGAAUCGUGUCAUUUUAUCACCCAAAAUUGAUUAGUGCUCUUUCAAUUUAGAAUUUAAUAAUGUGUAUUUAAACAUAGAGGAAAUAAUUUGAGCCUUUUCCUUAGGUACUUCAGUUCAGUCUCAAUACUGCUUUUUGGUAAUUGUGAAUAUUUACAUUUACAAUAAUAUUUGUUAAUACUGAAGAGAAUAUAGCUAUAUUUAAGAUAGCUGCUGCAUAUUUUUUUAACAAAAUCACUUUUUAGCUUACGAAAUGUGCGUUUUAAGAUAUAGUCUUAUGUUUCAGGAUAGAUUCUGUAUUUGAAACACUUUUGCUCGUAUCAUAUUACUUUGGAUGCGCAAUUUUUGUAAUUGUAACUGUUUCUUUCUUGGAUGCCACAUUGUGCUGCUUAUAUUUUUCAUUAUUCAAACAUAUUUAGCUCUUUCACACGUCCUGUAUAAACUAAUUCACUCUGAUUACAAGAUGAGUUAAUCUGUGUAUUGCACUCACAAUCUGUCCAUUUCUUAGAUGUUUUGUAGCUGUUAGUUUUAUCAUUGCUGUACAUUAUCAAAUGGAAGCAACCAUAUUUAUCUGUGGCUGAAAAUUCAUUGCCUCAAAAUAUCAGUAUGUUGGGCAUGGAGACCAUCCUGUGCUUCUUAGAUUUAUCAGAACCUGAUCUGCAUACUAUUCAUCGAUGUGACAGUACGACUAAGCAUGAUUUUAGGAACACCAUCCCAAAGUUUUAUUUCAAUAUUUCAGAAACAUUGUGUGAUAAAUCCACUGUAAUUGGCACUUACAAAAAAUAUAUACAAAGAAAUUUAUAGUGUGAAGGAAUGAGCUGGAUCUUGAAGAAGUACUUAAUCUAAGUUGCACUGGGGCAGUAUGGCCCAUUUUUUAUUUUAUAUAUGUGCAGACAUUUUCAUUAAUUGUAUUUUGAAAUUGUAUGUGGGAAUUUACAUACAUAGACACUGUAUAUGCGUUGCAAGUUGGAUAACUUUAGGUGAUAUUUCAGCAUAUUUCAUUACUAUUCUUCCAUUGGUGGUAUAACUUUGUGGCAGAAUCCAGAUUUGUGAAUUAGCUUACCUAUUCACUUAUCCAUAGCAAAGCAAACACAACAAUGAAUGAUACAGCAGGCAGUAUCAACAAACAAACGCCCGAUAAACUAUAACCUUGACAGGUUACAAUCCACCCACCCUUUGGCUAAAACAUUUGCAAGUACAAAAUGUGUCACAUUUCCUCAGCAGUGUCUUUAUAUGAAUUGAUUACAUAAAUUUAUUCAUUUCAUUUUAAGUUACAGGUCUUGCAUUCAGUGUUUGACUUUAUAAUUAAAAGACUGUAUAUUAGAAAUAUUUUUCAGCAAGAUGUUAGAAAUCCCAGCAAGGAUGGGUAAAAACAACAAUGACAAUAACACACUCAGGGGUGCAUUUUUCCAUCGGACAGUUAAUAAAAAAAUAUGCUUCAUAAGUUUCACGAUGUUAAGUUAUGCAUCCCCCCAUAAACCCACCGCCCUUCACCUGAGAAAGAAGGGGCAGCCGUGCAAGAAGUAUAAUUAAUUCGUCAAGCGAGCAAAGGGAGUUACCCCCUCAAUGUUUUGGCCAAUCAAUGUGCAACAUGGACUCUUUUAUUUACAUUGACCUAAUUGAAAUCCUCUGAAACCAUUUCAUUAUGAAAAUGAAAACAUAGCAGCAGCCUACUAUGCUUAUUUUUGUUCAUUCUCACAACCAGGAGACUCCUUUAACCAGAAUAAAAUACAGCAUUUGAAUUUUGUGCUGAACAAUUGGCAUUAUUAUAUUCCCAUUAUAUUAUAUUAUUAAUGGUCAUUUACAUGUGACAUGCCCAUAUCUUGGUGUUUCUCCAUCCACUGUGUGUGAACCCCAAGUUAAAGUUGAUGGGAGAAUACACUUCAGUGAAAAAUGCACACAGCUAUGUGCUUUCUGACUUAAGACCAUGGGAGAAUUGACCCCACAGUGAAUUUCUGAAAAGCAUCAUAAUGCAAAGGCAUUAUAAGUUUCAUUGUACUAUUACCAAUUUGAUUUUCCAUGGAGCAAAACUUCAUAAACAACUUGUCACAUUACCUCUGUCACCUAUGAAAGCUAAACCCUACUCUGCCCCUGAUUAUGGACAGUGUCCUCCAAGCACUGGUUGUCAAAUGUCAUGAAUGUGCUCUCUGAGUGUCUAACAAAAUGUAUUUUCAUUGAUUAUUGUAACUUUGAAAACAAACAGGCAAGCACUGGUUUCUGUCAAUCUCAUUUUAAACGGUAUAAAGCUAUUUCAGUUCCUAUCUAGGUUAAAUACACCCAGAAGUGACACAUUUAUUUGAAUGUAGUUUAAGUACAGUUCUGGAUUCUGCCACCGCUGUCAGCGGAAAUACAAUAUAAUGCUGAAAGAUUAAUUUUUAAGCUUGUUACUAAUUUAGACUAUGCAUAGUUUUCAGAUGUUUUGUAUUCAAGACAUAUUUGGAAGCACUUAUUUUAAAAAUGACUAAUCUUUUUCUUUGUAUUUUGUACUUUGUGGAGAAGUAAUCAGUUGGCUGUAAAAUGAAAUUUUAAAUACUUUUAAUGAAAAGUGAAAAGCAGUUGUUAAAGCAUUUCAACUUUUACUGUGAAUAAAUGUAUUUUACUGA